AUGGAGUACAGGAGGGUGAAGGAUCAGGAGAUUUAUGAUGAUUUAUCUCAGAAGGAUGUGGAAAGCCUGAGUGGGAGGACAGUAUCUAGCGCCAACACUAGCGGUCUCAGCUCUGCAGGAGGCGCAAAAGGCAAGUCUAGUUGGAAACUAAAGUCUGUUGUUACUCUUGCAUUGACAUUACUAACAAGUUCUCAGGCAAUAUUAAUUGUGUGGUCAAAAAGAGCUGGAAAGUAUGAAUAUAGUGUCACAACAGCUAAUUUUUCGGUGGAGGCUUUAAAAUGCCUUCUAUCGCUAGCUGCUCUUGUUAGGACGUGGAACCGCCAUGGUGUCACUGAUGAUAAUAGGUUAACCACAUCUUUUGAUGAAGUUGGUGUAUAUCCAAUUCCUGCUGUUCUUUACAUGGUAAAGAACUUAUUGCAGUACUAUAUCUUUGCUUAUGUGGACGCACCAGCUUAUCAGAUCUUGAAGAACCUAAAUAUCAUCAGCACAGGUGUUUUGUACCGCAUCAUUUUGAAGAAAAAGUUAAGUGAAAUUCAGUGGGCAGCAUUUGUUCUUCUAUGUGCUGGUUGCACAACAGCUCAACUUAAUCCUUCUUCUGACCAUGUGCUUCAAACUCCUAUUCAAGGUUGGAUGAUGGCAAUUGUGAUGGCUCUUUUGAGUGGUUUUGCUGGGGUAUAUACAGAAGCUAUCAUUAAAAAACGUCCAUCAAGAAACAUCAACGUGCAGAACUUUUGGCUAUACAUUUUUGGGGUGAUCUUCAAUCUAGUUGCAAUUUGUGUUCAGGAUUAUGAUGCAGUCAUGAAUAAAGGCUUUUUCCAUGGUUAUUCAUUCAUCGCAGUUUUGAUGAUUCUGAACCAUGCACUGAGUGGAAUUGCUGUUUCAAUGGUGAUGAAAUAUGCUGAUAACAUAGUCAAGGUUUAUUCAACUUCAGUUGCAAUGCUUCUGACAGCAGUUGUAUCUGUCUUCUUGUUUAACUUCCAUUUAUCCCUCGCAUUCUUCCUUGGAUCCACUGUACCUGCACUCAGUUGGAAAACUUCAACCACAGAAAUAAGUAAUCACUGGAUAACACAAAGGAUUGGUGAAGAUGGAAUCUGGGAUUCAUUAUUGGUGUUUGGUGCUUUGAGGCUAGAAGAAAAGCUUCAGUGGAGAUGA